CGUCGUCUUUCGCUCGCUCGCAACAUUGUGUCCGGGACAAUUCACGGCUGCAAUUCAUGGAGACCAAGUUGUACAAGCGGCGUUGGCUCAUGCUUUUCCUCUUUUGCAUUUACUCUAUGAGCAACGCUCUGUUGUGGCCGCAGUAUAUCAUCAUCAGCAAUAUCUUCAAGCGCUUUUACGGCAUCGACAACAUGGCGGUCACCUGGCUCUCUCUGAUUUAUUUCCUCACCUACAUCCCUUUCAUCGUGCCAGUGACAUGGCUUCUUGACCGCCGAGGUCUCAGGGAAGUCGUCCUGGCCGGUUCCGCCAUCAACUGCGUCGGCGCUUGGAUCAAAACCGGCACGGCUCACCCCGAAGGGUUCGCCGUGACCUUCCUCGGCCAGUUUGUGUGUUCGGUGGCCAGCGUUUUCGUGCUCGGUAUCCCGCCCAGACUUGCUUUUCUGUGGUUUGGGGAGAAGGAGGUGUCCACCGCCUGUUCCAUUGGUGUACUGGGGAACCAGGUGAGUCGGCUCCCAGUGUCUUUUUAGAGCAGUACAAGCAGUAUGGCCCGGCGUCGCUCGGGUUUGAGUCGUGC